AUGCUGUUCCUGCAGAGUUGGAUGAGGUGCUCUCUGGUCUGGAUCCUCUUUUGCUGCUGCCUUCCCCUCAUUCUCCUUGCUGUUCCUAUGCCUCCAAAAGGAGCAGGAGCUACCAAUCAUGUCUGCAAACUUGAAAAGAUCUACUUUCAGCAGCCCUACAUCAGGAAUCGCACCUACACCUUGGCCAAAGAGGCCAGGCUCCUGGACCAGGACACGGAAAACAGGUUCAUUGGACAGCAGCUCUAUGUUAAUGUCAAGGAAAGCAAUCGCUGCUAUGUGAUGAAGAGUGUACUGGAGAUCAUAAUGAAAGAAGUACUGUCCAAUCUCAAAAAUAAGAAUCCACAUAUCCAUGAAGUGAUACACUUCCUGGAAGUCCUGAGGUUGAAGCUACAUGGCUGUAAAUUCUCAGGACACCGAGAGCAUGUUGAAAGGAACCUGGCAGAAAUGAAAAACAGAAUGAAACAGCUGGGAGACAAUGGAAAGAACAAAGCAAUUGGGGAACUGGAUUUGCUCUUCGAUUACAUGGAAGAUGCAUGCACUGAAGGACCAAAGAAAGGAGGACACAAGAAGAACCACUAA